GAUCAAAAUUCAAAAACUCCAUUCCCAAUUCCUUUCCUCUUCUGCACGCCAAAAUCUCGGCUGUUUCUGUACUUUUUUCCCGGAAUCCAUACCAUGGGAGCUUCACAGAGUCGCGAAGGUCUCGAUCUCUCCGACGAAUCGGACUACGGUGAGGAGGGAGGCGGAAGCGAUGAUGAGUACCGAGACGCGGAGGAGGAGGGUUUGCCGACGAAGAAACCUGCACAGGUUAGUGGCGAAACCCUAGACGAGGUGGGAUCGAAGCUGGCGGCGUUGAAGCUCAAAUACUCUUCGGUCGGGAGCCCUAGCAGUUGCAGUAAGGCCGUCAAACUGUACUUACACGUCGGUGGUAACACGCCCAAGGCUAAAUGGGUGAUUAGCGAGAGAUUUGCCAGAUAUGAAUUUGUGAAGAGUUCGGAGGGUGAGGAUGAGGAGGAAUCGGGGUUUUGGGUUCUGAAGGUGGGGAAGAAGAUCGCAGCUAGAGUUUCCACGGAUAUGCAGUUGAAGAUGUUCGGGGAACAAAGGAGGGUUGAUUUCAUCGAUAAUGCAGUUUGGGCAUUGAAGUUCUUCACUGACGAGGAGUACAGGGGUUUCCUCACUGAGUUCCAGGACUGUUUGUUUGAGAAUGUGUAUGGGAUGAAAGCAACUGAGAAUAAUAAGAUCAAGGUUUAUGGGAAAGACUUCGUGGGGUGGUUGAAGCCGGAGGAAGCUGAUGAGAUGAUAUGGGAUGACCCUGAUGCAGGACUAGGAGGGAAAAGCCCGGUUAUCCCUGCCAGAGAUAGUCAAGAGUUGCUGAAGGAAUUCGAAGAAGCAUCUUCAGGUGGAGGGAUACAGAGCCUGUCCCUUGGGGCUCUGGACAACAGCUUCCUGGUGGAUUCUUCCGGGGUUCAAGUCGUCAAGAAUUUUAGCCACGGAAUACAUGGGAAAGGUGUGUAUGUGAAAUUCGAAGAUAGAGGUCAUAGGAGCGGCGGAAGUGCUGCAAUGGCAACGCCUAAGAAGGCACUUUUGAUGCGUGGCGAGACUAAUAUGAUGCUAAUGAGUCCUUUAGAGAAAGGUAAGCCUCAUUCCACUGGCCUUCACCAAUUAGAUAUCGAGACUGGGAAAAUUGUGAACGAAUGGAAGUUUGAGAAGGAUGGGACUGAGAUAACAAUGAGGGAUAUUGUGAAUGACACAAAAGGGUCUCAAUUGGAUCCUUCAGAAUCAACCUUCUUGGGGUUGGAUGAUUGUAGGCUUUGCCAGUGGGAUAUGCGCGAUAGGAAGGGGAUGGUGCAGACGUUAGCCAACACGAGCUCACCCGUAUUGCAUUGGACGCAAGGACACCAAUUCUCUAGAGGAACAAAUUUUCAGUGUUUCGCAACGACAGGGGAUGGAUCGAUUGUUGUUGGGUCACUGGAUGGGAAGAUCCGUUUGUAUUCUAAGACUUCAAUGAGGCAGGCAAAAACUGCUUUUCCUGGACUUGGUUCUCCCAUCACUAACGUGGAUGUCACGUAUGAUGGGAAGUGGAUUCUGGGAACGACGGAUACGUAUUUGAUCCUCAUAUGUACAAUGUUCACCGAUAAGGAUGGGAAAACAAAGACCGGAUUUUCUGGUCGCAUGGGGAAUAAGAUUCCAGCUCCAAGGUUGCUGAAGCUGACUCCUGUCGAUGCGCAUAUGGCUGGACAAGAUAACAAGUUCCAUGGUGGCCAUUUCUCUUGGGUGACAGAAAGUGGAAGGCAAGAGCGGCAUUUGGUGGCAACUGUGGGGAAGUUCAGCGUGAUCUGGAACUUCCAGCAGGUGAAAGACACAGGGCAUGAUUGCUACAAGAAUCAGCAAGGGCUCAAGAGCUGCUACUGUUAUAAGAUAGUUCUCAAGGACGAGUCCAUUGUUGAGAGUCGGUUCAUGCACGAGAAGUUUGCCAUUAGUGACUCCCCAGAAGCUCCUCUGGUUGUGGCAACUCCAAUGAAGGUCACUUCUUUCAGCAUGUCCGGUGGCAGGAAGCGCUGAAUGAAGUAAAUACUUUGGCUGCACAACAGGGAUGACUGAUGAGGAGGAUUUCUCGUUUUAAUCCACUUCUUCCUCCUUCUUCUUUUCUUUCGAAUUAUUACUCUAUUUGCUUUUGAGUUGUACGUAGUAUAUCAUCUUUACCACCUAGACACAUGAGUACAUGACACCAAAAUAUAUAGUAGGUUGAGUG